GAUGAGUAUCAAAAGAGGAAAAGCUGGGCAAGCGCCUACUUGCGAGAUAAAUUCUGUGCUGGAUUUAGAACAACAUCAAGGUGUGAAGGGAUAAACAACUUCAUCAAGAGGUUUAUUGGCAUUCGUCAAAGUCUUUUAGAGCUAGUCCAGAAUCUUGAACAUGCUCUCAGGGAUUAUAGACAUAACGAAUUAGUUUCUCAAUUUAAGACGGUCUACGGAGAGCCUGUGUUAACAACUCGCUUAGCUGCAUUGGAGCUUUGUGCUGCAAAUUUUUACACACGGGAGAUGUUUGGCAAAGUAAAAACAGAAAUUGAAGGAGUGGCUGCAUUAGAUGUUAUAAAUGAGGAAAAUAUAUCAACUACUGUUGUUUUAAAAGUUAAGGAGUAUGACAGAGGGCAACAUAUAUACACCGUACUUUAUGAGCGCAACACCGAGAAUAUGGAGUGUGAAUGUAGUAGGUGGAGUAGUGAAGGCAUUCCCUGUAGCCACAUGUUUUGUGCCAUGAAAAGGCUAGGUUUACAGAAGUUGCCAGAAAGUCUUCUUUUGAGAAGAUGGUCCAAGAAUGCCAAAAAGUAUCCGGAUGAAAGUUCAGCUGGAAGCACUGUGCAAGAUGGAGAAAGAGAUUUUUUAAUGCGCUAUGGCGCAUUGUCAGUGGCAGCUACGUGGAUGGUAUUCUUAGGAGCUCAAGAUGGUCCUUCUUUCCAUGACACUAUGAAUGAAGUCUCUCGUUUGACCAAAACACUAGAGCAAAAGUCGUGUUUGAAAAGAGGAACAAGAGAUUCUCCCAUGCCGAACUUUGUUGGUGACCCUUCAGUUGUCAAGACAAAAGGUGCACCAAAGGGAAAAAAAGAGAGUAGAAAACGGAGGUGCACUAAAUGCAACAAUGCUGGUCAUGUAAAGAAGAAUUGUCCUGUGAAGAAUGAGGGUGACAAUUUGGGUGAUAAGAUUAGUGGUGGCACACAGGCUAGCUUUGGUGCAGAAGAGGAGCUUCCCAAAGACCCUAUGGCUUCUCAAGGGAUGCAAGCUAGCUUCGGUAUAAAAGAGGAGCUUUUCAAGGACCCUAUGACUUCUCAAGAUACAGCAGCAGUGCCAAAUAUAGAAGUAAAUGCAUCUGUGCAGUUUGGGUUUGGGCUAGGUGACUCAGAAUUGAUUAAUAGCCAUGGGGCUCCCAUCCCACCAUAUGGAAGUAAUCAGUGGCUAUUACAGGUUGUACAACAAGGACAAUAUCCGAAGUUCAAUGGGAUCCAGUAGUGCAUUGAGGUUGAUAUAUGAUGGGGACUGCUAGACUGUGUAUCAAAGAAAAACCAGUAGCAAUUUAAUGUUUGGUUGUACUCCAUGAAAAUUUUUUAUUUCUUGAAUCAUUGUCUGAGCAUUUUAGGCAAUUUAAUACCUUCUGAAAUAGGUGCAGUAACAGAUUGUUAAACUGAUUUAUUUUCUUUUUUACUUUCCAAUUGUCAUGACAGGUGUAUUGUCUUAGUUGGCUAUGAAUAUUUCAAUAACAGAUUAAAUAUGUGGUUUAUUUACUGGAUGAAAUAGCAUUAUGUGGUUUAUUUAUAUAGGUGGUGUGACUCUAUCAAUGCUUAUGCUAAUUUAUUUAAGGCUAUUUCAUCUUGUAUUUUGUUUCUCAUUUCUACAUUUUAUAAAUUGGUGUUUUUUCUUGUCUGUAUAUUCUAGGCCAAAAUUGUUUGCUUUUUGUCUAAAAAAGAUUGGUUUUUAUUCCUUAUAUUCUUCCUCCUUGCUAUGGAAUGAGAAAACUUGGACACUAUCACAAGUGUGUUGCCUUGCUCUUUAUUUUGAUAUUCUAUUCUAUGAAGAUUUAUGUUCUGUUCUGUGAAAGAAAAUGCAUAGAAAUUUAGUUGUUAACCCUUUUGAAAAUUGAAGCCUCUUGUGUUCUUUGCUUUUUCUACUUAAGUUUAGUUUUCCAAUGCAUAGUUUAUGGAUUAAAUUAAUGUCAGGAGCCUCAGAGUUUGAUUAUGUCAAUGUGAUUCUUGAGGAGGGACCAGUCAUCCUACAUAUUUUUUAGUAUAUUCUAUCACUUGGUUUCACAUGUUAGUAAAUUCCAUGUGGAGAGAAGCUUUCAUGAAGGCAUAUAAGGCCAUGGACAAAGAGUUGAGGUCUCAUCCGAAUCUGGAUUGUUUCUGUAGUGGGAGCACAGCUGUAACCAUAGUAAAGCAGGGAUCAAUUCUGUUCAUGAGCAACAUAGGGGAGAGGAUUCCUUUCAUCAGGAACAAAGUUACUUGAGAAUUUAUCUGAGGGUGACUUCAGACAGAAUCUGCCUAGAUUCCAACCUGAGAAUCUGGAGAAGAACAAGACUAUAUUCGAGAGGGUUAAUGAAAUGGCCACGAAGAAGGGAUGCACUCCAUCUCAGCUUGCAUUGGCAUGGGUUCACCACCAAGGAAAUGAUGUCUGCCCCAUUCCUGGAACCACCAAAGUUGACAAUUUUAACCAACACAUUGCUGCUUUAUCUGUGAAACUUGAACCACAAGAAAUGGCAGAACUCGAGUCCUUUGCUGCCAUGGACACUGUCAAGGGUGAUAGAUACGCCGGCGAUCUAAGUACCUGGAAGAACUCUGAUACUCCACCACUCUCUUCUUGGAAAGAUGUUUAAUUUUCUUGCUGUUGAUUUGUUCUUUUAAUUAAUUAAGUGGUUUGAAGUUUGAAUUCUGUUGCAGAUAACUUGAUGUGUGUGUUUCUAUGUCUAAAUAAACAUAAGGCUUAUACUAUUAAUCUUUGACUAAGGUGGAAGCAAAGUUUCAUAUCUGAAUGAUUCAGUGAACUUUUUUUUUUGGAAAAUAA